CAUUAAUUAGAUGACAUCGGCUCAGCGAGACACAAGGCCUGGAGGCGCCACUAUGGCCCCGAUGGAGGCUGGCAGCUCGAGCCCCUGCCUGGGCCGGCUCACCCUAAAGGAGGUUAUGGGAGGUCAGAGGUCACGGGAUGUGGAGGAGCUCCUGAGGAGAUCCCGGGCGGAGCUGCUGUGGGUUCAGAGACAGCUGUCACUCAUCUCUAGGAGGAGCGCAGGCCACCCACGCGUCAGAGACAAGCUACGGAGUGACCUCCCAACCCAGCAACUCAGGGUGCUGCCACCCCAGAGCAUAGAGCGCUGGCGCCUCCUAGAGGAAAAGAACAGGUGCCUCAGGCUGGAGGUGGCAACCCUCAGGCAUGAAAGGCAGCAGUGCCGCUCCCUGAAGAAUGAGCUUCAACAAGCCCUGCAGGAGAAGAGUCGUCUGAACCAAGAGCUCUCCAGCCAGAUCCAGAGGGCUUCGCAGUAUGAGCGGGUGAAGUCAGACUAUGAGCAGCUCAGGGAGACCUGUACCUCUGUGAUUCAGGAGAGAGAUUCUGCCCUGAGGGAGAGGAGCCAGCUGCAGAGCAGGCUACAGCAGCUGGAGCAGCAUAUGCAUGAGGCUGCAGAGAGGCAACAGCAGCUGGAGAAAGACCACGAGUUGGCGCUGGAGGUUCUUCAUGCCAGACAGCAGGAGAUCAAACAUCUGCAGAAGGCCAGGGUUCAGGAACUGGAGAUGAGGUGUAAGUCUCAAGCUGAGCAAUUCAGCCUCCUAUACCAGCAGCUGGAAAGGUUCUGCUUGCAGUCUGGAACGGCGGACACUGUUGGAGACGAACCGCUUGGUCCCGUGGAUAAGACUCUGAUUCAUAUUCUCAAUGGACUAGCCUCCCAGGUUGAGGAAGGCCACACAAAUUCUGGUGACCGGUGGCUGAAGCCCAAGCUCCUACCAGGGACCCCGACCAGUGAAGGAAGGACUCAGGCAGCCCCCCCAGCCCUGGGUGGGUCUUCCAGCCCCCAGCGGGAUUCCCAGCCAGAAAUGGACGGUGACCUGAGCAGAACGACAAGGUCUGAGGCCCGAUUCACAGGCAAAGUCCGUCUCUGCACCGCUCGCUACAGUUAUAACCCUUAUGAUGGCCCCAAUGACCACCCGGAGGCAGAGCUCCCUCUUGUGGCUGGGAAGUACCUCUACAUCUAUGGCACGAUGGAUGAUGAUGGCUUCUACCGAGGGGAGCUGCCCGAUGGCCAGCGGGGCCUGGUACCCUCCAAUUAUGUGGACUUUGUCCAGGACAAGGAUGCGGCCCCCACCCCAGGCUCUGAUGACAGCCAGGAGGCGGAGCUUGACAGGGAGGAGGGGAGGCGGAGCCUCCAUGCUGAUGAGCUGGAGGAGGAGCUUGUACCCCACCCUCGCAGAAUCACCCUGAUCAAACAGCUGGCGAGGAGUGUGAUUGUGAGCUGGGAGCCCCCGGCAGGCCAGGGGGGCGGCGCCAACGAGACGGCCAUCAGCGCCUAUGAUGUCCUUGUGGACCAGGAGGUGCGUUUCCGCAUGCCCCCCACGGGCCGCCGCAAGCUGCUGAUUGAGAAGCUGGAGCUGUCGGCGCAGGCCUAUCGGAUCUCGAUCCGCUGUGUGACGCAACACGGCGUCUCCGAUGAGCUCCGCUGCAGCCUGCUGGUGGGUCACGGUGUGGUCCUGGCUCCGGCACAUCUGCAGCUCCAUAAUGUCACUCAGCACUCCGCCGAUCUGUCCUGGUGGCCCUGCGACAGCAACUACAAGCACGCGGUGCUGCUGGAUGGGGUCGAGCGUGUGCUGCUUGGCCCAGGUCGAUACCGCUGUCGGCUGUGUGGACUCAGCCCCAUGACAGUGUACCGGGUCACUGUAGUGGCACGGCCGCACCGUGUUCCCUGGCGGCUGCCGCUGGAGCAGCGUGAGCAAAGAGCGGCGUACCUGGAUCUCUGCACACUGCCUGCAGGUCCCCCCUUGCCCCCCCAGAAGGUGCAGGUGCAGUGCGGGCAGACGCCUGGUGAACUGCAUGUCAGCUGGAAGCCACCUGCGCUUACACCCUUGGGGACGUCCAAUGGUGCCUGUGUCACCGGCUACGCUGUGUGCACCAGAGGACAGAGGAUUGCAGAAGUGAUGUAUCCUGCAGCAGAACAUGUAACUGUGGAACUGAACCGGAUUUGGCACCUUGAGGUCCGAGAGCUUGUGGUUCGGACCCUAUCAGCGCAGGGCGAGUCCCAGGAUUCAGAGGUCGCCACCAUCCGCCAGGGGCUGAUGGUGCCUCCUGCUCCGCCCCCAGCUCCACACAUCCUACUUCCAGUCUGCCCCCACCUUGUUGACCUGCCACUCCCCAGUAUCUCUACAGACCCCCACAUCCCCAACCCCACCCCCCAGAGUGAGCCCAUCUUCCAGCCACACCAGAGCAUUCUACAACCACACCCGCUGCACAGUACUCCCCAGGCUCAGUUCGAACCAUCAGGUGAUAGCCAGGACAGGGAGGUAGAUCCAGCCCAUCAAUGCACAGAACCCAGCCAGCCCUGGGCUUUGGGCUGUCACCCACCACCUACCCUAGUGCCUCCAACCCUGGAGGCUCCACCCCUCCAAGCUCGUCGCUCACCUUCCCCCCAGAGGAUCCUGCCGCAGCCUCAAGGUGCCCCCAUUCCCAAUGUAAUCAUCAAGGCCAUCGCGAGAGAGGCGACACAGAGGGCAGAAUCCAACAUGAGCACUAUGAUUUAUGGCACUCGUAUUCAGAGCUCAGAUGAAGAAGAGGAUAAACAUGAGCAUGAAAACUUAAGACAGAAAGGAACUUCUGUGCAUGAGUUCCUUACAGACUCCGAGUUUGGAAGACAGCGAGGGCACAGUGUGGACUGCCCCAGUGAGAGCAGCCGGGGCUCAGACCUGUCCGCCAUCAUGGAGGAGGAUGAGGAAGAGCUGCACUCAGUGAUGGACAAGGAGGGUGUCCACCCCCGCAGUGUGCUUAAGAUUUUAGGGAGCUGUCGCCGUGUGGGCCGGUCUGCCCGAGUGGAUACAUGCUCAAACCGAAGGUCCGCCAGUAGCAGUGGAUCCUACCAGAGAAGAGCCAUCACGGUCCCAUCCAUUGAGAUCACUCCUGAGAGUAACAGUGAGGAGAGCCUAUCACUUGCCAAAGAACAGACCUGUUCUGAUGCCAAUCUGGCACAAAGAAAGUUAUGGCCUUCAUUUUACAAUGGAUCUUCAGAGCACAUAAAUGAUGGUGCCCUUGGUCAACAGCAUGAUGGAGUAGCAAGGCUCAAGGAGUCGUCUGGGAUAUUUGUCGCCCUGUUUGAUUAUGAUCCCCUCUCGAUGUCCCCCAACCAUGAUAGGGCAGUUGAGGAGCUCUCCUUCCAGGAGGGGCAGAUCCUGAAGGUGUUUGGUGAUAAGGACAGAGAUGGGUUCUACUGCGGAGAGAUUAAUGGUAGAACGGGCCUCGUCCCCUGCAACAUGGUGGCAGAGAUUGAAGCGGGGGACAAGAAUACGACAGACCAGCUAGUUCAUCAGGGCUUCCUUCCCCUCAGCACCCCAGUAGCUAAAAUCGAUAGGAAGAGGCAAGGUGGUCGACAUCCCCCAACACCCAAGAGGAAGAUGGUGGCACUCUACGAUUAUGACCCCAGGGAGAACUCCCCCAAUACUGACAUGGAGGCCGAGCUGACCUUCUCUGCAGGCGACAUCAUAACCAUCUUGGGGGAAAUUGAUGAAGAUGGCUUUUACUACGGUGAAAUAAAUGGACAAAGAGGCCUAGUUCCCUCCAACUUCCUUGAAGAAGUGCCUGACAAUGUUGAGAUCCAUCUGACGGGCACCCAAACUGUGCCCCAGGAAAGCAAAGAGCCUCCCCAGACCACAGCCUCCCCCAGUCCUGGCCCUUACCUACCUGCCAUCAGGGCCAGUAUGGCCCCCCAAAACCCAAUCUCCAAGAGGAAAAAGGGAUUGCUCUCCAAGGGGAAGAGGCUGUGGAAGAGGCUGGCGGCAGCCAGACGGGCCACCUGAUCAUGGAAUGACAUCACCCAGGAUCCUAUUGCCUUAAGGUCAACGACAAGUUCCCGUAAAUACAUUGGGACAGGUGCCAUGUAAUGACCUUUUGAAGACUUAUAAGGUGGGGAGACUCUCCCCAUUAUGGGAGCCCCAUUGACAGAUCGGUCUAGCAUGUACAGCCCUGCGGGUGGGUGAUAUCUGGAAUGAACAGCAGACUCCCCUACAGUUUUCAUGCCUACAGGCCUGAACCACUGAACAUACCACCAGAUGUUCAGCUGAAGCUUAAAGAACGAAUUAAAGACAUUGUGGAGUCAUAACAGAAAGCUAUCUGAUCUACAGAUUCCACUCCACCACACGAGUAUAAUUAAGCAUCUUUCAAAACUCCCAAUGUGCAGAAUAAAAGGUACUUGCUGCAACUCAUACUGUUUUGUGUGGGUAUUGUCCCAUCAAUACCCUGCAUGUCAUGUGACCAGGUGCUUUGUAAGCAGAAUUACCGUCAAAGUAUAAACCUCUCCAACACAAA